AUGUUGCAUUCUCCACUUACGAACCCGUUCCCGAUUCCCUGUUCGUCAAGUGUCGUUUCGGAACCAAGUAAAUCUUAUCAAGCUGCCGUACCAUUCCUUACGAAACCAUUGUUAGCUAUCACAGGAUUUGCGAAUUCUAAUAAUCUUUCUCAGUCUACACCAGUCACCUUCUCUAUUCAGACUACACCUGGAUUUCAGAAUCAUCAAAAUACCCUGAAUUUCAGCAGUGUGAAUAAUUCCAGUUUAUCAGGAUCCUCUUCAUUAUCAUCAUCUCUCGUCUCUUUACAUUCUACCUCCAAUGGUUUUCCAACUACUCAACAUACCUCAGCAUCUCCUAUACCAGUUUAUUCAAAUCAUACUUCAUCAGGUAGCAGAGAUUCUCGUUGGCUUAAGCUACGCGUGUGUACAUCAGUUUUGGGAACGUCUAAUUCUUCACAAACUAAUUCUAACCAAUCUGACAAUGAAUCAAAGACUGGUGAAACUAAAUGUUCCAUAAAAUCAGAAGAAUCCAAUACAAGUGAUGCUAGUUCUUCAAAUUUAACACAUCAUGAGGAUGAAAAAAGUUUUCAUUGCGCAAUAUCGGGAAAUACAUGUCAGUAUGCCCAUCCACCGGCAACUGUUCGGGUGGAUAAAGGUUAUGUGACAGUAUGUUAUGAUUUUAUCAAAAGGAGGCUCUGCAAAUUUUCCUACUGUAAAUACUAUCAUCCACCUCCACAUCAAACUGAAGCAAUUAUAAAACGUGGUGAUGAACAAAGAAAACUGUUGGAAAGUCAACAACGCUUAUCUGAAUUGAAGACAUCCAAUCUCAUUUCAAUGCAACAGCCCUUGCAACAGACACUCCCCUCCACCGGUUUGUCAGCGCUUAGUUCGGUAGCAGGAGCAGGAGGAGGAGGCUGUCCUUCAACUCUGAGAUGGCCGCCUUCAACAACACUCCUACAGCCUACUGCUCUAGGUGGUGGACCAGUUUAUGGGACGUAUUUAACACCUCUGAAUUCUCUAACAGAUCCAAAUUCUUUUAGUGCAUCAGCUAUAUUGGCAGCAGCAGCUGCUCUACAGCAUAAUAAUCUUCCAGGUCAUGGUCUUCUGUCUACGUCUUCUUCAUUAACUGGUGGUUCAACAUAUUCCCAUGAAUCUAUGCUGUCUAAAUCGUGUAAAAAUGGUGAUACAUCGACAGUUUUCACAUCAGAGGCAUGGUUACCAACAAAGAGAGCAAAUUUAUCUAACUCAUCUUCAGUUGAUGGAAUAGUUCAGAAUAAAGAGUUAACUGCUUUAUGUAACGGUGAGGAAAAGCUUGAUAAUACUUCUCAAACUCGUGAUUCAAAAAGUCAUUCUUCUGAGUGUGGAGCUACAUUUCCUACUAUUUUCUCUUGUGGAUCUAUCAAUCCUGGAUUUACUUCAAUAAAUUCAUGUACAGACAUUGGUGGUGCACCUCAUGUUAGCGCUGAAGUGACAAAUAUCCUAAAUCCUUUGAAUAUGAGUAUUUAUGGUCUUCCAUUAUCCUCACAACCUACUGCUUCCAUGUACACACCAUCACAGUUUCUAUAUCCACCUUUAUACUCUAUGAAUGGUGGUUGUGAUGCAAGCAUACCGAUAGCUUCAGCUGCUGCAGCCUUAGCACUCAAUAACUUCCUGGUACAACAACAGCAACAACAACAAGUUCAAUCCCAUCAAUUGUUGCGUAGUCAGUUGCCAGCAACAGUAACAAAUCAUCAAAUAUCUGCACCUGGUCUAUAUUCUUCUUAUGUACCGUCAACUUUAGCCACUGCUGCAACUUUAGCUGCAGGUCAACAGCAUCCUUCCGCCCCUGAUCUACACACGAAUACGUCAAAUAUUGUUUUUCAACAACAACAACAACAACAAGCUCUCCUGUUAUCACUCCUUCUUAGAAGUCAACAAGCUCAAUUGGCUGCAGCACAAGUUGCAGCAGCUGGUUACUUGUCGCAAAAUGAUGCAUCAAGACUGCCUUCAAUCCCUACUCUUCAGAAUCCUGGUUGUGUACUAGACUCAUCAUGUCCAUUAGGAAGUCUAACAUCUGGACCAUAUGGCAUUAAUAAUUUUUGCUCACAAAAUCCAAUGACAAAUGUGGCUUAUAUCAAUGAAAAAGGCCAUCUCCUGGAAACCUUACCGAUAUGUCGUGAUUUUAAAGCUGGUAAAUGCCGUCGUAAUUCAGAGUGUCGUUAUGUUCAUCUUGUUGACGAAAAUGUUGAAGUCAAUCAAGGACGUGUAAUUGUAUGUCGUGAUGCAGCGAAAGGCAGGUGUACACGUGUACCGUGCAAAUAUUAUCAUAUUCCACUGUUUGCUAUAUCAGCUAAUCGAAGUAUGGCACUUAAUUCUGCUUUGGCCAAUGCAACAGGCUUUUCUACUGUAUGA